CGACCAGACGGGCAGCUGUCCCCAAAUCCAUAAAAAGUAUAUAUAAAGAGAAUAUAGUAUAACCACCAUGGGGAAUGUCUGGUUACGAAUCUUUAUUGGGGGCCUGACCAUGCUGGCGGCCAUUGGCUAUAAGAACUAUCGAGAUCUUUCGGCUCCCGGCAAGAGACCCGAUCUGGACAACAACGCUUACUGGGGUCCAACGCUGAAGGAAUCUUAUAAGGAGAAUAAGGCUGUUCUACCCUUCGACAUCAGCGUCAAGCCAGAGAUAAUUGAAGACCUCAAGAACCAGCUUAGUCGUCCUCUGAAGGCCCAGGAACCUUUGGAGGGUGUAGGUUUCCAGUACGGAUUUAAUGCCAAGGAAUUGGCCAAGGUGGUGAAAUACUGGCGCGAUACUUAUCUGGCCAAGUGGAGCGAACGCGAGCAGUUCCUUAAGAAGCUGGAACACUACCAAACCGAGAUUCAGGGUUUAAAAAUUCACUUUAUUCAUGCAAAGCCAAGCCAGGUUAAAGGCCAGAAGCCCAAGAAGGUUCUUCCUCUGCUCCUGAUGCACGGAUGGCCGGGAACCGUUCGCGAAUUCUACGAUUUCAUCCCACUUCUAACCACGCCCAGCGAUAAGAGCGAUUAUGUCUUCGAGGUGAUUGCACCCAGUCUGCCGGGCUAUGGAUGGUCUCAGGGAUCUUCAAAAACUGGAUUUGGUGUGGCUCAAGUGGCCGUGGUGAUGCGCAACCUAAUGCUCCGAGUGGGAUUCGAGAAGUUCCUGGUGCAGGGCGGCGAUUGGGGUUCCAUAAUUGGAUCCAAUGUAGCUGGACUUUUUCCGGAGAACGUGCUGGGUUACCAUUCGAACAUGUGCGGGAACAACAGUCCAUUAGGGCAGAUAAAGACAUUGUUGUCCUCGUUCUUCCCCAGCUGGUUUGUGGACAGCCAGUAUGCGGAUUUCUACAAAGGCUUGGGACACUUGUUCGGCACCAUAUUGGAGGAAAUGGGUUAUGCCCACAUUCAGGCCUCCAAGCCAGACACCAUCGGUAAUGCCCUGAUCGACAAUCCAACGGGCCUGGCUAGCUACAUACUGGAGAAGUUCUCUACAUGGACGAAUCCUGCAUUUAGAUCACUACCUGAUGGCGGAUUAACCAAGAGAUUCACCUACGAUCAGCUUUUGGAUAAUGUGAUGAUCUAUUAUGUGACCAAUUCCAUUACCACUUCCGUGCGCCUAUAUUCGGAGUCCAUGAUCAAAUCACAGUUCGCUUUGGCCGUGGAUUCGUUGCCCAUCAAGGCCAAGGCUGGAUGCACUCGUUUUGCCCAUGAGAUCGUGCACGUCCCCGAUUCGGUUUUGGCCAACAAGUUUCCCAAUCUUGUGCACAGCACCCACCAUUCGGAUGGCGGUCACUUCCCGGCUUUUGAGCUGCCCCAGCAGUUGUACGAUGACUUCGUUAGCUUUGUCCAGAAGGCGAAUUUUUCAUAAAAGAAAUUGAUUGUAUUUAGUUAUAGUAACACAUUGUAUAUUUUCAUUAUCUUCUUCAAAAGAAACAGAGAGGUCUUUUGCGAAAAUUAAAUCAAAUCGGCUUGGUGAUUGAAUUUACCUUAUCUGCUUUGAAAACCGAAA